AUGCAUGCGCGCAUGCACGCAAAGUUGUUGACAGAAGGCGUCCAUAUUGCUGCUGCACUGCAGCAGCGCCGCGCCGCAGCACUGCAGCAGCACGGCGCUGCAGCAGCAGCACGGGAGCAGCAGCAAAGCCGCAGGAGAGCAGCGGCGCAGCACUCCGCCUGUCUGCUGCUGCUCCACAGCGCCAAAACUCUAAGGGCACUGGGGCCCCCCAGAAGGGGCCCCAAGGAGCUUCUGGGAGGCAAAGGUGCAGCAGCAGCAGCAGCAGCAGCAGCUGGUAGCUUCUGCACCCUCCCUCCUAUCAAGCGACGAGCACUGCUGCCCUUUGCUGCAGCACGCAGCUACACCCAAUAUGCAACAGCGGCAGAAGCUGCAGCAACAAGAGCAGCAGCAGCAGCAGCAACGGAGCUUCCGGGGCCGGCCCUCUCGCCAGCAGCAGCAACAGGAGCUGAUGCAGCGCGAAAACUGGCAGCAGCAGCAACAGCAGCAGCAGCAGCAGAUGUACAGACUCGGCCCGCGUGGGGCCUUCGACGCACUUGGAGGCCCCAGAGCGUGGGAAGCGACGCAGCGCAGCAGCUGCAGCAGCUGCAGCAGCUAGCAGCAGCAGCAGCAAACCAACUUAUUGAAUGCACAACUCCCGAAUUCCUUGCUUGGGGGCCCUCGUGGGGCUGCCGUGGGCCCUCGGAGCAGCAGCCUGGGGCCUCCGCAGCAGCAGCAAGCAGCAGCAGCAGCAGCAGCAGCAGCAGCGGGUGGAGCCCUCCGGAGUUCCUGCUGGCAGCAGCAGAAACGCAUGCAACGCUGCUGCACCUCCGGCUUGCAGAUCUGUCGGCGUCGCAGCUUUAUGGUGGCAUUCAGGCUGCUGCCAUUUUGCUGCUGCUGCAGCGCUCGAAGCAGCAGCAGCAGACGCAACAGCUGCUGCAGCGAAGUCACAGCAGCAGCAGCAGCAGCAGCUUGGAGCAAUUCGCAAGGGCCGCCUUUUGUCUGUAUGAAGAAAGACUUCAUGAAGCACCACUCGCAGAU